AUGCAAAUAAUGGAUAUUCCUUUAGGGUUGGAUGUAUAUCUGCCACUCAAAGACCUUAUCAUGCUUAACUGUUAUUCAUUGGUCAAGACUUUUUUUCAGAAGAAUGUGGUUGUUUAA